UAAUAAACGAUCUUUGUCAGACGUGAACCGUCGUUUGCCAGCACUGAGCGAAGUUCCAAUAGAGCCGAGGUGGCACGAUGGGAAAGAAACAGAAGAAAGCCGGAGAAGACAGUGCCAAAGAUGACGGCGUGGACAUCGACGCUUUGGCGGCAGAAAUUGAAGGAGCCGGAGCUGCAAAGGAGCAGAAAGGGAAGAAGAAGAAGAAAGGAGCCAAGAAGGAGGAGUUUGACGAGGAUGAGAUCCUGAAGGAGCUGGAGGAGCUCUCCUUGGAAACACAAGGAGGAAAGAAAACAGACACCACAGAAGAUGUAGAGGCUCUCGAGCCUCCCAGACCAGAGAAGAAGAAAACCAGGAAGGGCAAGAAGGGUGGAGGCAGCCCUGAGGAUGAGAAGGCUGAAGACGCAAACGAGGAUAAGAACGAAGAAGACAAAAAGGCACCUCCUGCCGCUCUCCCAGAUGACUCUGACGAUGACAGCAGCUCCCGCUCUCGCCUCAAGACGAAAGGAGGAAAGAAAGGAGGCAAAAAAGCCUCAGUGUCUGAGGAAGAAGACCCCGCCGAGGACAAAGACGUCAAGAAAGGAGCUCAGAAGGAAGACGACUCUGAAGAAGAUGAGGAGUUCGCCUUCAAAAUGGACAAGAAGAAGAAGAACAAAGGGAAGGCAGCGAAGGCUGAGAGCGAGGACGAGGAGGAGCAGGACGAGGAGGCGGGGGGUUUCAAAAUGAAGACGGCGGCCCAGAAGAAGGCGGAGAAGAAAGAGAGGGAAAAGAAAAAGAAGGAAGAAGAGAGGAUGAAGCUGAAGAAGCAGAAAGAGAAAGAGGGCAACGUGGAGGCUAAAAAGGAGCCAGAGACGAAGGCUGUGGAGGCCACGCCUCCUCAGGCCACAUCUGAAGCUGUGCCAGAGGAGGUGGAGGGGGUGGAGCCAGCAGCAGAGGCAGAUGAGGGCGAGGGAGAAAAGAAAAAGAAGGACAAGAAGAAAAAGAAGGGAGAAAAGGAGGAGGAGAAGAAAAAGAAGGGGCCCAGCAAGGCCACAGUGAAAGCCAUGCAGGAGACUCUGGCUAAGAUGAAGGAGGAGGAGGAGCGACUGAAAAGAGAGGAAGAGGAGCGGCAGAAGAGGCUGGAGGAGCUGGAGAAGCAACGGCAGGAACAGGAGCGCCUGGAGCAGGAGAGAAAAGAGAAGAAGAAGCAGAAGGAGAAGGAAAGGAAAGAGCGGCUAAAGAAGGAGGGGAAGCUGCUGACCAAGGCCCAGAAAGAAGCUAAGCUCCGUGCUGAGGCCAUGCUGUCCAUGCUGCAGGCUCAGGGUGUUGAAGUGCCAUCCAAAGACACAGUGCCAAAGAAGAAACCUGUUUACGGAGACAAGAGGAGGAAGAAGCCCAACACCCAUACUCCUGAAGAAACAUCCACUGUAACAUCACCAACAUCAGAGACUCCAGAACCCAUCGCCAUGGAAACAGAGGCUGAGACGGUGCCAGCUCCACAGCCAGAGGUGAAGCCCGAAGCUGUCGUAGACAACUGGGAGAAAUUCGCCAGCGACGAGGAAAAAGUGAAGAACAGAAGGAGCAGACAGGAAGCAGAUUUAAAGAAGGUCCACAUUGAGGUCAAGGAGGAGACGACUGGACCGCCUCAGCCUCCAGCCAGUGAGGAGGACGAGGAGGACGAAGAGGAGGAGGAAGAGGACAACGACGAGGACGAAAGUGAAGACGACGUGGAUGCGGAGAAAGAGGCGCCGCCAGCGAUUCAGAGCAAGAAAAAAGUGGUGAGCGAGGACGAGAGCAGCGAGAGCGAGGACGACGACGGGAGGACGAAGGAGGAGCGGCUCUAUGACCGAGCCAAAAGGAGGAUUGAGAAACGUAGAGCCGAGAACUUGAAGAACACCGACACGGAGCGUCUGAGAGCGCCGGUGGUGUGCGUGCUCGGACACGUGGACACGGGGAAGACCAAAAUUCUUGACAAGCUGCGGCACACCCACGUUCAGGAUGGUGAAGCUGGAGGAAUCACCCAGCAGAUCGGAGCCACAAACGUCCCAAAGGAAACAAUAGAAGAGCAAACCAAGAUGGUUAAAAAUUUUCUCCGAGAAAGCAUCAGGAUUCCCGGUAUGCUAAUCAUAGACACACCGGGACACGAAUCCUUCAGUAACCUGAGGAACAGAGGAAGCUCCCUGUGUGACAUCGCCAUCCUGGUGGUGGACAUCAUGCAUGGUCUGGAGCCUCAGACCCUGGAAUCCAUCAACCUGUUGAAGGAGAAGAAGUGUCCCUUUAUCGUCGCCCUUAACAAGAUUGACCGAUUGUACGACUGGAAGAAGAGUCCGGAAACAGACGUGGUGACCACGCUGAAGAAGCAGAAGAAGAACACCAAGGAUGAGUUUGAUGAGAGAACCAAGGCCAUCAUAGUGGAGUUUGCUCAGCAGGGUCUCAACGCCGCCUUGUUUUACGAGAACAAGGACCCGCGGACGUUCGUGUCGCUGGUCCCCACUUCGGCCCACAGCGGCGACGGGAUGGGAAACCUCAUCGCGCUGCUGGUCGACCUCACGCAGACCAUGCUGGCACGCCGGCUAGCACACUGCGAUGAGCUGCGCGCCCAAGUCAUGGAGGUGAAAGCUCUGCCCGGCAUGGGAACCACCAUAGACGUCAUCCUGAUUAACGGCUGUCUGCGGGAGGGAGAGACCAUUAUCGUUCCAGGGGUGGACGGACCAAUCGUCACACAGAUCCGAGGCUUGCUGCUCCCUCCUCCACUGAAGGAGCUCAGAGUGAAGAGUCAGUAUGAGAAACACAAGGAGGUGUCGACGUCUCAGGGAGUGAAGAUUCUGGGUAAAGACCUGGAGAAGACGCUGGCGGGGCUCCCCCUGCUGGUGGCGCACAAAGAAGACGAAAUCCCGGUCCUCCGAGACGAACUUGUGCGGGAGCUCAAACAGACAUUGAGCUCAAUCAAACUGGAGGAGAAAGGAGUUUACGUCCAGGCGUCCACGCUGGGUUCACUGGAGGCUCUGCUGGAAUUCCUACGGACAUCCAAAGUUCCUUACGCUGGUAUUAACAUCGGUCCUGUCCAUAAGAAGGAUGUAAUGAAGGCGUCGACCAUGUUGGAGCACGACCCGCAGUACGCCGUGAUUCUGGCGUUUGACGUGAAGGUGGAAAGGGAGAGCCAGGAGAUGGCCGACAGCCUGGGAGUGCGCAUCUUCGCAGCCGAAAUCAUCUACCACCUGUUCGACGCGUUCACUAAAUACAGAGAAGAGUACAAGAAAGCCAAGCAGGACGAGUUCAAGAACAUAGCUGUGUUUCCAGCAAAGCUGCGGGUUCUUCCUCAGUUCAUCUUCAACUCCAGAGAUCCCAUCGUGAUGGGCGUGUCUGUGGAGGCUGGCGUCCUGAAGCAGGGGACGCCUCUCUGCGUUCCCAGCAAAGGGUUUGUGGAUAUCGGCAUCGUCACCAGCAUCGAGGUGAACCACAAAUCCGUGGACUCGGCCAAGAAAGGCCAGGAGAUCUGCAUCAAGAUCGAGCCCAUACCCGGAGAGUCGCCCAAGAUGUACGGACGCCACUUUGAGGCCACAGACAUCAUUGUCAGCAAGAUCACUCGGGCGUCCAUCGACGCCCUUAAGAACUGGUUCAGAGACGAAAUGCAGAAGUCGGACUGGCAGCUCAUAAUGGAGCUGAAGAAGACCUUUGAAAUCAUCUGAAGGAUCCCUUCUUCAAAGAACAACAGAGACAGACGCAGUCGUCCUCCCUCAGACCGUGAGGCAGCAACAGAGGGACACAAAAAAAAAAUCAAAACAAAAACAAAAGAAGAGAAAGUGUUUUCCUGUGAGAAACGAAGCGUUUUUCCCACUGUUGUAAACAGUGGUAGUUUAGACACAUUUCUCUCUCUCUCACACCCACACACUCAGUAUUCCAACGUGCCUGUUCUUCAGCAUCAACGUGGUUUAUUUUAUUUUCUUCUUCUUGGUUCCUGUUGUGAUUCGUGGAUGCUGCUUUUAGGCUCCGCCCCUUUCCUCCCCAGACUAUGUCGAUGUGGGCAAACACGGUGAACGGCGUCGGACACAAAAGGAGGAACUGAGUUGUUCAGUUUGGACUCUCAACGGUGUUGACCCGAGUCACUCUACAGCUGACCUGGCUCUGCUGCUGGGCGUCCAGUUGGACAGCUGGGGGACGAAUGACAGAGGAGAUUUUAAACCGUUUUUUGCUGCAACUGCUGAUGUAAUAAAGUCUCAUGAUUCUAAGAAAACA